AUGGCUCAUGUGGAUAGGAUCAGUCAUUUGCCUGAAGCGCUACUCCUGAGAAUACUGUCAAAACUGCCUAUUGCUAAAGAUGUUCUGGCCACAAUGGUUUUGUCAAAACGAUGGGAGCAUCUUUGGAAGUCAGUGCCGAAACUGGUAAACGACGAUAGCUGUCAGAAUAUUGAUGAUUCUGGAAGGUUUUCUCGCUUUGUGGAGAGGUCUUUGUUUCUGCACGAGGCACCGGUAGAAACUUUGCAUUUCAAACUUACCAAAAAGUCUCUUGCGGUUGAUAUUGGAGUAUGGAUUGCACUUGCAGUUAAAUGCAGUGUGCGUGACCUGAUUAUAGAUAUUGACUGUCCAGCCAUACUUCCAAGGAGUUUAUAUAGAGGCUCUAAAAUGCUCGUUUCCUUGAAACUAAAGAGUGUGACUCUUAUGGAUGUUUCUUCUUCCUUGCCUUCUUUCCCGGCCCUUAAAACUUUGAGCCUUGUAUCUGUCAAGUACCCAGGUGAUGAGUUUGUCAGGAGGUUUUUGUCGAGUUGUCAUGUUCUUGAAGAUUUGUUUGUGGAACAAUAUGUCGAUGACAAUGUAACCAUUUUCACAGUUAAGGUUCCUUCUCUCAAGAGUGCAUCUUUGUAUAAAUCAGGAAAAAGAUGUACACAAAGUGAAGAUGGAUUUGUAAUCGAUGCUCCUUCUUUGGAAUACUUGGGCAUUUUUUUUAAUCCCGUUGGAUUUUGUGUCAUUGAGAAUGAUAUGCCUAAUCUUGUUACGGCAAAUGUUUCCGCGGCUCAUAGUUCCCCUGGUGAUGCAUAUUCUGUUGGAAUUGUCUUCAACCAUCUUGUACACUUGAAAAUAUGCACAUGUGAGACAGAGUGGUUGAAUCUACUUAUGCGUUUGCUCAAUGAUUCCCCUAAUUUACGGUAUCUCAAACUUCAAGAGGUACACAGCCAUGAGAUUGAUAGCACACGCCCCCGCUGGAAUGACCCGAGCUCAGUUCCUGAAUGUCUGUCAUCGAGUCUAGAAACUCUUGAAUGGGUAGGAUAUGAAGGAAGAAAAGAAGAGAAAGAAGUAGCAGCAUUCAUACUAAGAAGCGGAAGCUGUUUGAAGAAAGUAACUAUAGUUACCUCUAAGUCCACUGACUCCGACAAGAAACUUGAGAUGCUCAAGGAGUUGUCCUUGUCAUUCAGGCGUUCACCUACAUGCCAGCUUGCAUUCAGCUGAAGUUGCGCUCAGUAGUCAAAGUUGGGUUGUGUUUGAUCUCGUAUCUUAUAACCUUUAAAAAAACGUGAUUUUCUUCUAAUCAUUUCGUCUUACUAUUUUGAAUUGACAGCAAAAACCCUCUGUUUCUUAUGUUUUCUGGUUUGUGUAAGCUGAGAAGUUUGAUUGUAAUGAGUUGGAUUGUAUGGAUAUGAUAAGUCAGUUACUGCUCUUGAAGAGAUUGUCGUUAAUAUCUACGA